AUGUCCACCAUCCAGUGUCUACCACCUGGUAACAUACAGGUUACAGCCAACCCCGGGGAAUAUGUCCACCACCAGUGUCUACCACCUGGUAACAUACAGGUUACAGCCAACCCCGGGGGAUAUGUCCACCCCCAGUGUCUACCACCUGGUAACAUACAGGUUACAGCCAAACCCGGGGGAUAUGUCCACCACCAGUGUCUACCACCUGGUAACAUACAGGUUACAGCCAACCCCGGGGGAUAUGUCCACCCCCAGUGUCUACCACCUGGUAACGUACAGGUUACAGCCAACCCCGGGGGAUAUGUCCACCACCAGUGUCUACCACCUGGUAACAUACAGAUUACAGCCAACCCCGAGGGAUAUGUCCACCCCCAGUGUCUACCACCUGGUAACAUACAGGUUACAGCCAACCCCGGGGAAUAUGUCCACCACCAGUGUCUACCACCUGGUAACAUACAGGUUACAGCCAACCCCGGGGGAUAUGUCCACCACCAGUGUCUACCACCUGGUAACAUACAGGUUACAGCCAACCCCGGGGGAUAUGUCCACCACCAGUGUCUACCACCUGGUAACAUACAGGUUACAGCCAACCCCGGGGGAUAUGUCCACCCCCAGUGUCUACCACCUGGUAACAUACAGGUUAUAGCCAACCCCGGGGAUAUGUCCACCACCAGUGUCACCACCUGGUAA